AUGCGGACAGUUAAGACAGGGGGUGGAACCAUCUCGCGCGAGCUGCCUACCUUCAUAGCGAUGGUGACGAGUGUGGUGUUGGUGCUGGCCGCCCUUUCGAUGGCUCUGGCUGAUCAAAUACCGACCGUACCUACGCACAACAUGUCCAACAAGGAGCGCAACGAGCUUAAAGAGGAAGCCAGGGAAAUGUUUUACCAUGCGUACCGGGCGUACAUGGACAAUGCCUACCCGGCGGACGAACUGAUGCCGUUAAGCUGCACCGGCCGUUACCGUGGUGUGACACCGUCCCGAGGCGACCUGGACGAUACGCUCGGGAACUUCUCGAUGACCUUGGUGGACACGCUGGAUACGUUGGUGGUGCUGGGUGAUAUAGAGGAGUUUGAACAUGCGGUCAAGCUGGUGAUCAAGGACGUAAAGUUUGAUAACGACAUUAUAGUGUCGGUGUUUGAAACCAACAUUCGCAUGAUCGGUGGUCUGCUGUCCGGUCACAUUCUGGCGGAGUAUGUGCAGAAGCAGGCUGACGUAAUGACGUGGUACCGUGGGGAGUUGCUUGAGAUGGCGAAAGAUUUAGGCUAUCGGUUACUGCCAGCAUUUAACACUUCCACCGGAAUACCGCACGCACGGGUGAAUUUGAAACACGGCAUGAAGGUUGAAGCAUUGCGACAUUCGCGUGAAACAUGUACGGCUUGUGCCGGUACGAUACUGCUAGAAUUUGCUGCCCUGUCCCGAUUGAGUGGUGAACCCAUCUUUGAAGUAAAAGCCCAUGCGGCAAUGGAUGCACUGUGGAAGAUGCGCCAUCGUAGCUCGGAGCUGAUGGGUACGGUACUUAAUGUGCAUUCCGGCGAUUGGAUACGACGCGAAUCCGGUGUUGGGGCCGGUAUCGAUUCGUACUAUGAGUACUGCCUGAAGUCUUACAUUCUGCUCGGGGAUGAGCGUUAUCUGGCACGAUUCAAUCGUCACUAUCACGCCAUUAUGAAGUAUAUCAGCCAAGGUCCGAUGUUGCUCGAUGUGCAGAUGCAUCGGCCACAUACGAAGACGCGCAACUUUAUGGAUGCACUGCUUGCCUUUUGGCCCGGGUUGCAGGUACUGUCGGGUGAUUUGAAACCCGCAGUACAAACGCAUGAGAUGCUGUACCAGGUGAUGCAGAUGCAUACGUUCAUUCCGGAGGCAUUUACGUUUGAUUUCCAGGUCCACUGGGGUCAACAUCAUCUUCGACCAGAAUUCAUUGAAUCAACGUACUUCCUGUACCGAGCCACUGGCGAUCAUUAUUAUUUACAUGCGGGCAAGAAAGCCCUAAAGGCACUUCAAAAACAUGCCAAAGUUCCGUGCGGUUACGCCGCCGUGAACGAUGUCCGAACGGGCAAACACGAAGAUCGAAUGGACUCGUACGUCCUUUCGGAAACAUUCAAGUAUCUCUUCCUGCUUUUCUCGGAUCCAGCGGAUCUAAUCCUCAACAUUGAAGACUUUAUCUUCACUACCGAAGCUCAUCUGCUGCCACUCACGUUGGGACAAUUAGGCAACCAUACAUUCAAUGGUGUGCGCGAUCAGGACGAGCAGGUCCAUAUGCUCGAUUACAUGCGUUCCUGCCCCAGCCCGAACAAGUUAUUUCCUGAAACAGUCCGGCGUCCACUCCGUGACCUCGUUACGGGAGUCUGUCCGCGCAUAUCGAGUGCCAAGCGACUUAGAGCGGCUGACUUUCAGGCAAGCAAUACGGAUCAUCUACGAACAGUUUAUGACAUGGGCAUUACGAUGGUUUCUCUAGGCGAGGGCAAGGUUCAACUGCUGCACAGCUUCCACAAUGCCAAAUCACCCGAGGACGCCGAACGCGGCCUUAUUUUCAUGCAGGAAAUGGUGGAGCUGUCGAACUCGAACUCCAUCCCCAAUACACAGCUGCAGGCAGUCGCUUACAAGCGGGACGGUGAUCGGGAAUUGCGUAUCCUUGAAGCCGGUCCCAGCCACUUCGGCAUGGAACUGGUGAACGAUCUGUCCGUGGUGCAACGGGCUGUCUUCGCCAAACCUGCAAAGGUUUGUGCUGCACUGAAAAAUGUAGACGAAAUACGUGGCAAAAUCGUCAUCAUCGAGCGAGGCGAAUGCACGUUCGUCGAUAAAGCGAGACGUGUACAGACGGCGGGGGCUGUGGCGGCAAUCGUGUUCGAUAACACGCCAAACACGUCGAUCAACAAUCAGCAAAUGUUUGCCAUGUCCGGUGACGGUCGGGACGAUGUGCAGAUCCCGGUCGUGUUCCUCUUUACCAAGGAAGCGGAUCAGCUUAUUAAGGCGGUUAAAGAGCAACCCAACCUCGAGCUCACACUAAUGUCCGUUACCGGGCUGAAGGAAAAAUUAGCCAAGGAGCAGCGGGCAAGCACAACGAAGACUGACACGAAAAGUAGUGACGCUAAAGCGACGCCAUAG